UUCAUAUUUUCCGGUUUUAUUUUUUCAUACGGUAGCCUAUUUUUUGCGUCAUUUUUUUUUCAAACUAUGGAAUCUGUAGACCAUAAGGUAGAGUCUAUACUUAGUGUUGUAUCUCUCUCUGUUCCACCUUUUUGGGACACGGAUCCUGUUUUGUGGUUCGCUCUUCUUGAGGCCGAGUUUUAUAACCACAGAAUCACUUCCGACUACGCGAAGUAUUGCAAGCUCCUGUCCUAUCUCCCCAAGGAGAUAUCAAUGCAGGUUCGUGACGUCAUCAUUUCUCAGACCGAUAACCGCUAUGAGGCUCUGAAGGAGGCCACGAUUAAGCGUGUUAUGCCCUCUGAGAAAGUUCGCCUGCAGCAGCUUUUCAGGGAUCUGCAAUUGGGCGACAAACUGCCCUCAACCCUGCUACGAGAGAUGCAGCAACUCCUUGGUUCUUCAACCAUGGAUGAGACUUUACUUCGCGAACUAUGGCUACAACGGCUACCUGAAAACACGCAAGCGAUUCUCGCUACAGUGAGCUCCGUUUCGCUCACUCAACUAGCAGACUUAGCGGAUCGAGUUAUUGAACGAUCACAGCCACAGGCCAACUCCAGCAAGGUCCAUGCCGUCGCGUCCCAGGGCACUUCUAUCACUGGCUUACAGUCAACCAUAGAAGCCCUGCAAACACAAGUUGCGACACUUAGUCGCCAGGUGCAACAGCUUACUAUGACCCGUCGUCGUCCUAGCCGCUCAAAAUCGCCCUUCAAACUUUCUCAGUCUAGCAACAGGCACGCGAGCUGUUGGUACCACCAGCGUUUUGGUACCGCAGCUCGUAAAUGUGUAAAGCCCUGCAACUUCGACGAGAAGCAGGGAAAACUUCGCGGCCGGUCCGUAACGGCGACGGACGCGACUGGCCAACACCAAAGUCGCCUCAUCCGCGUUAGGGAUUUAACUUCCGGCACCGAGUUUCUAGUCGACACUGGUGCCGAAGUUAGCGUCAUACCCCGUAGCUCAGAUGAGGUCGUCUCGCCAUCGCCGACCAAGCUGCGUGCCGCCAAUGGCACACCAAUCGCAACUUUCGGCGAAAAGCUGUUAACGCUCAAUUUAGGCCUCCGGCGAACCUUUCGCUGGCCUUUCAUAAUCGCUGCUGUGCCUUUCGCCAUCAUAGGCAUAGACUUUCUUCAACGCUUCGACCUCAUCGUCGACGCUAAACGGAAGAAGCUUAUCGAUUCUAGGACACAGCUCAGUGUUAUCGGGACUAGCGCCAACGUGGCUGCUAUCACUCCCAUUCGUGUCCUACCUCAAGCUUCACAGUCUUUUCUAGAACUUUUCAGCAAGCACCCUAAACUCGUUCGCGUCCUGAACGAGUUGCCUCCUGUGACGUCAAACGUCACGCAUCACAUCUGCACUAAGGGCCCACCUGUUUCGGCCCGCCCUCGCCGACUAGCCCCGGACAAGCUCAAAGCUGCGAAGGCGGAAUUCGAGCAAAUGCUCGAACUGGGAAUCAUCCGCCCGUCUAAAAGUCUAUGGGCAUCACCAUUACACAUGGUGCCGAAGAAGUCCGGUGACUGGCGCCCCUGUGGUGACUACAGGGCACUUAACAAACUUACCGUCCCGGAUAAAUACCCUAUCCCGCACAUGCACGACUUGACCUCAGCUCUAGCUGGCAAGUCUAUCUUCAGCAAAGUCGACGUAGUCCGUGCGUACCACCAGAUACCUGUGGC